UUAAACUCAGAAGUGUACAUAUUGUUGGAACACAGAAAGACGCAGAACGAAGAAGCAGAAGAAGAGCAAAAACUGUCGGAAGAUUUCAUGAAAACCCUUAACUACACACAGACGUUUGGUCGAUAUAAAAACAGAGAAACCAUCGCUCAAGUUAGAAAACCCUUUACUACACACAGAAGCAAGAAGAAACUGCACAAGUUUGAACUGGCCUGUUUGGCCAAUUUAUGUCCUGACACAGCAGAAGAAGCUAAGGCCUUGAUUCCAAGCUUGGAGGAAGGGUUUGAUGAUGAUGACCUUCAGCAACUACUGGACCACAUUCAGACACAUAGAAGUUUCCAAUACUAGUCAGAUAUAUGGUGGUUUGAUGUGAGGCACGUGAUGCAAGUCCUGCUUUGGAUGUCAGAAGACAGUCCCAACAUUUGAUAUUUUAUCUGUUAUAAACUAAGGAAGUGUAUAU